GAGGUUAGUUUAAACAAAAUUAACAAGAACGGCCUGAAAAAUUGGUUUAUGUUGAAUUUACUUUUUCUAUUCUUCUACAAUGGGAUAUAGUGUUACCAUCGUGUAUUCAGCUGCAAAAUCAAGUCUUGAUCCAAGAGAAAAACAAUUGCUUAUUGUUGGUCAACCUUCAUACUUGAGAAAACUUAGUUUUAACGAAGUUCAAGAAAAGUUUGCAGGUCGUAUCACUGAAGACCUUUUUAAUGAAUGUAUAAAGUCCUUAUCACCAUCAAUGACUAAACCACAUGGUUGCAGUCUAUGGUUAAAUCAAGCAUAUGUAGCUGCCUUACCACAUUUUGCCAGUCGACAUGAUUCACCAAGCAGACCACACAGUCUUGUCACAUUAUUAAACAGCAUAAUGAGUGGGCAAGAUGGAACUGUGUUGAUUGUUUGUGAUCGCAGUCAUAUGUUUGCAUUGGGAUGUGCUGUAGCUCGUUCAUUUCCACUCUAUACUCGCAAGAAUUAUCAUGGUUUGCGAAAGAAAUCAACUAUUACUGUUGAAUUUUGUUUUAAAGGAAUUAAUAAUGAAGCUCCAAGUAGUGCUGAAAUUGAUUGUCUGACUGCAGCUGCAGAUGGCAUUCGUCUUGCAGCUGAGAUUGUUGAUACACCAUGUAAUGAAAUGCACACAGAUGCUUUUGUUGAGGAAGUCAAGAAGGUUGGAAGAGAUCUUGGCAUUAAACCAGUUGUUAUACGUGGUGAAGAGCUUGCUGAUAAAGGAUUAGGAGGUUUGUAUGGUGUUGGAAAAGCAGCUGUUCAUCCUCCUGCUCUUGCAAUUCUUAGUCAUAUGCCAGAUGGGGCUGAUGCCAGUGAAAACAUUGCUUGGGUUGGUAAAGGUAUUGUUUAUGAUACUGGUGGUCUUUCAAUCAAAGGAAAGACGGCAAUGCCAGGCAUGAAAGCAGACUGUGGUGGAGCUGCAGCAAUUUUGGGAGCAUUCAAAGCUGCUGUGAAACAGGGUUUUAAAAAAAAUUUGCAUGCCUUAUUUUGCUUGGCUGAAAAUGCUGUUGGACCUUAUUCUACAAGACCUGAUGAUAUUCACAUAUUUUAUUCGGGGAAAAGUGUGGAAAUUAAUAAUACAGAUGCUGAAGGAAGGCUUGCACUUGGGGAUGGCGUGGCUUAUGCUGCUAAAGAUUUAAAAGCAAAUAUUGUGGUUGACAUGGCAACCCUGACUGGAGCACAAGGUGUAUCAACUGGACAAUAUCAUGCUGCUGUUGUAACUAAUUUGGAAGAAUGGGAAAUGAAAUCUGUAUCAGCUGGCAAAUAUAGUGGAGAUCUUGUUCAUCCUUUGCCUUAUGCUCCUGAAUUACAUUUUCAAGAAUUUUCCAGCACUGUUGCUGAUAUGAAGAAUUCAGUGAGAAAUCGUGAUAAUGCUCAAAGCUCUUGUGCAGGAUUGUUUAUUGGUGCUCAUCUUGGUUUUGACUUUCCCGGAGCUUGGGUUCAUUUUGACAUUGCUGCUCCAGCAACAACAGGUGAACGUGCUACUGGUUUUGGUGUAGCCUUGCUCUUGCGUUUGUUUGGAAAAUAUUCAAAUAAUUCUUUGUUGAAAGGUGUGAACACUGGCCAUUGAUAAAAUAUCUUAGUUCUGAUAUUUUCAAAUUAAAUUUCAACCACUGUAAAAUAAUUAGUAAAGCAGUUUUUUGAAUUAGAAAUUUUUAACCAAAAUGGAAAA